GCCGGCACCUUCGGCUGCGCGCAGCGGGCCUUCGCGCAGCCCGCGCCCGCAGCGCCCGCCUCGCCCGCGGGGCCCGCCGCGCCGGGCGAGCUGGGCUGGCUGUCCAUGGCCAGCCGCGAGGACCUGAUGAAGAUGGUGCGGCCGCCCUACUCAUACUCGGCGCUCAUCGCCAUGGCCAUUCAGAGCGCGCCCGAGCGCAAGCUCACGCUCAGUCACAUCUACCAGUUCGUGGCCGACAGCUUCCCCUUCUACCAGCGCAGCAAGGCCGGCUGGCAGAACUCCAUCCGCCACAACCUGUCGCUCAACGACUGCUUCAAGAAGGUGCCCCGCGACGAGGACGACCCAGGGAAAGGGAAUUACUGGACCCUGGAUCCAAACUGUGAGAAAAUGUUUGACAACGGAAACUUCCGUCGGAAGCGGAAGCGCCGCUCCGAAGCCAGCGGCCCCUCCACGGUGGCUGCAGGGACCACAAAAUCGGAAGAAGGGCUCGCCUCCGGAUUGGGGUCGGGCUUGGGGUCGGGCGUGGGCGGCAAGCCCGAAGGAGACAGCCCCUCCGCGUUGCUAAGGCCGUCCCAGUCCCCAGAGCCUCCUGAGGGCACCAAGAGUACUGCCUCGUCCCCGGGAGGAUCCCUGCUCACCUCUGCCCCUUGCCUCAACACCUUCUUCAGCAGCCUGAGCACCCUGAGUGUCAGCAGCAGCGGGAGCGCCCCGCGGGCUGUCCCCGGCGGCCGCCACCUAGGGAUCCAGGGGGCGCCCCUGGCCUCCAGCAGCACGUUCCCCGCCAGCUCCAUCCCCGAAGCCCCGCCGGACAGCUUGCCGCUGAGUCACGGCGCCAACAACAGCAGCAGCCAGAGGUCUUCCUACUACAGCCCCUUCCCCGCCAGCACCGGAGGGGGUCAGAGCAGCCCGUUCGGCAGCUCCUUCUACAACUUCAGCAUGGUCAACAGCCUCAUCUACCCCCGCGAGGGCUCCGAGGUCUAGGACAGCCGCCCCUCGGACUUGAGUAUGCACACCUGAGAUCUUGUGAAAUGCAGA